AGCGCGUAUCCCACCCACCCACGCAAUCAUCUUAUCACUUUGUUGGGUCAAAUUCUUUAGGCGCUCCGUGCUUCUCUCUGCCAACAACACUCGUUCAACCACAACACCACCCACCAUCGCCUAAUCCUUCUCUCUUUCCACUCACCACCGCAACCACCACCAACCAUUAAAACAGGCUUUGCAUCAGUUAUCAACCCAAACCCCAACUCGGCUGAGGAGAGUCGAAGUAAAACGGCGGCGUCGAAGGCUUGGUUCACGAAAUUGGCCAGGACUGAAAUUGAAAGAUUUUAUUUUUAUUUUAUUUUUUAUUUUUUGUGGAGAUUGCUAAUGGUUUUGUGUUGGGAAACAGACCCAACAAUUUAUUGGUUUUAGUCUUCGUUCUCGUUCUAUUAAUUUCUGUUCAAUUUGGGGGUGAUGUGGCUAUAGUUGUGUGGGAGCGCCUAUAUAAACGUGUGGAAGAGAGGAAAGAGGCAUAAUUUGGGGUGGUUGUGGAUGGUGGUGGUGGUGGUGGUGAUGAGUAGUGAUGGCAAGAGGUGGAGUAAUCCGACAACGUAAGUGUUGUGGUGGUGCAAUCCGACGGCGUUCUCUGGGUUUUCUUCUCUUCGGCUCCGGCGGAUCAUGUUGGGAUCUUCACCUCGUCAGCAAACUGCCUUUCCACCUUUCCCGCCACCACACCGCCGUAUACUUGUCCCUGAGGCCGUGUGAGAGAUUGACCAGAACAUCACCUCACGCUGCAAUCUUUCGCGGAGAUCCGGUCAUCAUCAACGUCGACGAUAACAGUCGUCCGUACAUCAACCUUCUAAUCUCCUCCUUAGCCUCCGUCGUCCCCAAAAUCGCAUCCCACCUUCAUAUUAUAGAUCACAUAUCUUCACAUCUCCCUCAAUUUGAUAUUUAUAUUUAUAAUUGAUCCCUCAAUUUGAUAUUUAUAUUUAUAAUUGAUAGAUUAUAGAGGGAUGAAUAUUUGAUUGGUGAGACAAAAUAAGAGAAAGAAGAGAGUAAAGGGGCGAUGUUCUCGGCAUCGGCGGCGGGGGGUUUGGCUAGGGUAAAUAUGUAAUAUUAUUUAUUAAAUUGGUCUAUUUUUGUAUAUUUAGUCAUUUGAUGUAAGUUGUACAAUGGAGUCAUGAUACUUUAGAAAUCUUUAAUCUAUAGAGUCGUCACGUGUGUGGGUCACUUAAAUUACCUGUGGGUCCACUUGAGAGUUAUUGUAUCACAUUGCAUCAUUUGUGCGGUACGCGUUGGUUGUCAGACCGUCAUAUGACCCUCGUUUCAAACAUUUUAGAUCUACUUGGUUUUUAUCCAUCUCUUUUCCGAUUGAACCAUGUUCUCUCUCUUUCCCCCGUUCUUGUUAUCGCCGUCACUCUCUACCCUAAUUGAAUGUCACCCUCGUUUCAAACAUUUUAGAUCUACCUUGGUUUUUUUUCAUCUUUUUUUCGAUUGAAUCAUGUUCUCUCCCUCCAUUCUUUUUAUAGCCGUCACUCUCUACCCUAAUUGAAUAAGGUAUGUUUUUUUUUUUUUUUUUUUCUAAUUCUUAUAUUAAGAAUUUUAAAAUUAUAAUAUCUCAAUAUGGGUUUUAAUCUCGCUAGUCCUAAAUUUUUCCUCUCAUUCGUAUUAUUUUCAGAACUGUGAAAUUAUUCAUUUUAAUUUUUGGAUUUAUUAUUAUUGUUUUUUCUUAGAUUUCUUUUGGGUUUAUUAUGGAAUUAUUUAUUUACCCUAAUUAAACUAAGUAAUAUAUAUAUUUUUUUCUGAUCCUUAUCUUGGAUUUUAUAACUAUAAUAUUUCAAUAUGAAUUUUAAAACUAUAAUUACUAAAUACUUCUUUUCAAGCUCUCACUGCACCUAAAUUUUUCUUUCUGAUUUUUUAUAUUUAAUUCGUGUAGAAUUUUUAAUUUUAAUUUGUAUUAUCUUAACAAUUGAAUAAUCUAUUAUUUUUUCUUACCAGAUUUUUUUGGUUUUAUUAUGAGAUUAUUUAUUUAUCCUAAUUGAAUCUAAGUAUGUUUUCUUGUGAUCCUUUUAGGAUUUUAGAACUAUAAUAUCUUAAUAUUUCUUUUCAUGCUCUUGCUGAAUAUAAAUUUUCACUCAUCCAUUUCAUUUUCGUAACUGUGAAAUUGUUCAUUUUAAUUUUUUUGAUUUUUUAUAUUCAAUUCUGUGUAGAAUUUUUAUUUUAAUUUGUAUUAUCUUAUUAUCUUGAAUCAAUUAGAGUUGAGAAAGGUGGAGAUAGAAAGAUAGAGAAGUAGAUCAAUUUAGAUCUGAAAUGUUUUCAAAACGAGGGUGAUCAGUUUAGAUCCGAAAUCUUUUACAGUCUCCAAUAUCUUUAGUUUUAAUAGGACUAAAGACUUUGUUGUACACUGUAAAAGUAAAAAAAUAUUUUAAAAAUAUUAAAAAUUUAAAUACAUCAACCAACUGACCUAGAUGUGCAGCGGCACACUUAACUAGGAGAUUGACAUCUUAUCUGCGUUUCCAGCUAUGAAAGAAGUUUUUUGGUAUAACCAAAACCGGUUACCCAAAAAAAAUAAUAAAGAAGUACAUUAAAUUACCUAUUGAAGUUGAAGAAUCUUUUCCAGUAUCCCUAUGAUCCACUAUUUCUAUAAAAAAAACGUUGCUCUUUCUUUGUCUAUUUUCUCUCUCUACUCCAACGGAGCGUUGCUCUUUCUUUGUCUAUUUUCCCUCUCUCUCCCCUCUAGUCCUCUUAAACACUGGGGUGUGUGUUAAGGUGUGUGUUAAUCUGUACCAGUGUAACUUAGUUGUCUCUCUUGGCUUUGUUUUUUUCGUUAAUUUUUUUUUCGUUUGGUAUAUAAGGUCUAAAGUUGAUAGAUGUAGGUUUAAUUUUGCAUUUAUAUAGAGGAUUUAUAUACAAUAUAUGUAUCUUUUUUUUUGUUCUUGUUAUUCUCCAUGGAAUGGUGGAGAUUUGGAGAAGGGAAUAAAGAGACUGACGACUGAUUUUAUGCUUGUGUGGUGAAGAAGCGAAAUCAUCAGCAACGUUCUACUACAAUGUCAUUGAGAAGUAGCUGGGCCAAUGACCCACUCAGAAGCCCAGGAGAGAGAAUGAGUGGGAAGCCCAACCUCAUUACUCGGUACAUGGAAGACCAACCCAUCACAACUCCCCAACCAGUCCGAAGCCCAAGUGAGAAGCCCAAUCUCACAACUCAAGUACCGUCUACAUUCCACCGCUCUUCAACCUCUGUGACAACUGCAGUCGGAAAGCAGUGGAAUUUCAGAUUUCAGAGAUGGGGAUUUUUUCAUUUCUCCGGGGUCGUCUUCCCUUCUUUAGAGAAGCUGUAGCGACUGCUAUUUGGAAUCAAUGUCAUGAUAAAGCAACUCCUCCCUCAGGCAAAAGAGGGAAAUGGUGGUGCUGGCUCAUACGAGGGCUUAGGAGUGGUCAAUACUUGUUGGUUUUACAUUAUAAGACAACUCAAUGGAGCUACUACUGGUAUUGAUAUGGGUGAUUUUAAUCACUUUGGCUUGUUCCCAUUCAAUCCCAUCAAGGAUGCUAGAUCUCUCUUUUAUACUUUGGGCGAACAGAGGAGGCUCAUAGAAUGGGGUAAGUAUAAAGAUGAUAAAAUCUAUACCCCUCCAAGGCAAUAUAGAACGAACUACCCAGUUUUUAUGACUAUUGAUGAAUACAUGGAGUGGCUAAGUACUGCCACGAGUGACAAUGAGAAGGAUCGGAUCUAUGGCUAUGUUAAAUCACAUAGAAUUUAUGUUGUUGAAAGAUCUAAACCAGAGAAAUUGCUUAAGAGCCCAGUCAAGGAUUCUAGCUGGAAAGCUCCUCCAUUAGGGUGUGUUAAAAUUAAUGUUGAUGGAGCAUUCAGAAAAGUGCAAGUCCAGGGUAAAGAUGAUGAAGGAAAAGGAGCUUGGGGUGCAGUGUAUAGAGAUCAUGAGGGAAAUGUUUUAUUGGUACUUUGUGACGCAAUAGAUAAUGCAACCACGGCAUACCAAUGUGAGGUCCGAGCCUUUUUGGAAGGUCUUAAAGGUGCACAUAAAUUUGGUUACAAGUCUAUUUUUAUAGAAAGUGAUUGUCAGAAUCUCAUUGCUGUGCUGGACAAGGAAAUCGAUGAUAAAAGCGAAUUUGCAGAGAUCUACAGUGAGAUUAAAACAGAGUACGAGGGCUUCGAUUUCAAGGACAAAUGGCACAUCUUCAGGGAAGCUAACACAUUAGCCCAUCGCGUUGCUCAAGGCAGGAUUAAUGGCGUAAUACUUAAUCAGGAUGUCAUUAAGUACCUUGCAAAACAAGAUGUGUCCUUCCGUUUUGCUCCUGUUAUUGCCAAGCCCAAUUAGUGGAGAUUCCAAUUCUUCCUGUAUUUCAGUAGUGAAGUUAAUUGAUCUUAGGCACUUAUCCUUUUGUUUGAUUUCGACACUCAAGAAAGAGAUCCCUAUUGUUGCCAGUUUUACAUUAAGGGGAACAAUGUUUGGGCUUUCUUUGCUAUUUGUCAAUACUUGUUACUAUUGGGAAGUUGUAGGAUUAAUUUUUUUUUUAAUUAUCAUAUUAUCUUAACAUGUUUGGUUUUUC